UGGAUUCGAAAGAUGAUAAAGAUCUAACUAAAGAAGUCUUAUCUUUGAUGAAGAACAACGGAAUCAGUCAGACUCUACUUGACGGAUUUGAGAGAGAUCCUGGGUUUCCUAAGUUUUGUACAGAAUUGACUAAGCAGCGAUGGACAUAAAAUCUAAGAUUCCUGACCAAAACCUGAUCUAUAAAUUGGUAGGUAAGGUCCAGAGCUAUGAAAGAAAGAUUUGAAAGAUGAUUGCUCCUUAUAGAAGAACUAUAGAUUUCGAUUUUACCAAGAAAGAGCAGAAACUUGAUCUCAGAAUUUUGGCUAUUUCAUCCCAGAUAUUAAGAAUUCUUUAUUCAAACUUUAAGCCAGAUUCUUCAAAUUCUUGGAACCUUGAGAAGCAAGGUGAUUAUCAAUGCUUGAGAGUUUAUUCAAAAUUUAAAAUGCCAAAAUUUACAGAAGUAAAAAUAUUUACUUACAAAAAGAGACAGAAAAUAUUGAAUUCAUUUAUGGAAGAGUCACUUCCAAAUGAAAUUCAAGAGCUUAAGUUCAUUCGCUCAAAGGGUGACAUCCAUAAUAGAAACUUGGAGAAAAUAGGGAAAUACUUCAAAGGCUUAAGGCUAGUACUUCCUCGAGUUAUUUCGAAUGUGUCUAUUAGCAGAUUUGACAUUUCUAAAAAACAGCUCCAGUCUAUCUUCUAUCUGAGCAAAGGAGCAAAAGGACUCACAUUUAACUGGUGAAAAUUAGAUUUGAUCACUGUUCCAAAUUUAGGCAAAUCAGCCAAACAAUGCAGGAUCGAACAGCUUAUAAUUUAUGGCUGAGGUUUAGAAUUUUUAUGCAACUGGAAUGAGAAUUCCAGCCAUUUUAGUAACUUGGUUUGAGGUCUGUCUCAAACUGAAUGGGCUCAUUCAAGCUUGAAAAAGAUCUUUCUGAACAAUAAUAACUUGCAUCAACAAGAAAUUGUUGAUACUCUUAAAGAGUAUCAGCUUAACCAUCUCAAAUUUAAUUAGUCAUUUAAUCUUCAACACAUUACCAA